GUAAAAGUAGCAUGCCCUCCAGCCAAAAAAAAAGUAAAGAAAUCUCUCACUCAGUGAUGAUGUGGUGUUAUGAAAGGUCUGCUCUCUGUCAGGGUUUGACUUGUGCUGUAUAUGGAAAGAGGAACAGCAGUGAUUUACUUGUGUGAUUUAGUGGGAGGAGCAGCUCCAGCAGCCCCCACCCGCCGGAGCGACUGAUCCUGCCCUGCGCCCCGGGGGAGGGGAAGCUUUGUCCGGAUACGUGUUGGAACUUGAGGCGGUCCUUGCGACGCACGCACACGAACCGUCCGAGAUCAUCCCACCCAGCCACUCUAUCCACCAUUUACCAAACUCUUAAAAAAAACAUGGCACCCUCCACUACUUCUUCCAAACUCUUUUCUGCGCUUUUAAUCGCACUUUCAGUGUGCGCGGUGAGCUCCCAGUACGAAAAAUACAGCUUCAGGAGUUUCCCCAGGCACGAGCUGAUGCCUCUGGAGUCCGCUUACAAAUACGCACUGGACCAGUACACUGGGGAGAAGUGGCAGGAGACGGUGGAGUACAUGGAGGUGUCUCUGCGGCUGUACCGGCUCCUCCGGGACAGCGAGGCCUUCUGCAACCUCAACUGCAGCUCCGUGAGGCUGGAGGACGAGCAGAAGUUCGCGGAGUUUCCAGAGCUGCGGGCGUUUGGUAACGUUAUGAAGAGGGCGCAGUGUCUGAAGCGCUGCAAGCAGGGGUUGCCCGCUUUCAGACAGACCAUGCCCAGCCGAGACACUAUAGAUGAAUUUGAGAGGAGGGAGCCGUACAGAUACCUGCAGUACGCUUACUUCAAGUCUGAUAACCUUGCCAAAGCGGUGUCUGCUGCCCACACCUUCCUGCUGAAACACCCAGAUGACGAGAUGAUGCAGAGGAACAUGGCCUACUACAAGAGUCUGCCCGGGGCUGAAGACCACCUCAAAGACCUGGAGACCAAAUCCUAUGAGACAUUGUUUGUGCGAUCAGUGAGGGCAUAUAACGGGGAAAACUUCCGUACCUCAGUGUCAGACAUGGAGCUGGCUCUUAGGGACUUCUUCAAGGUCUACGACGAGUGCCUGGCUGCUUGUGAGGGCCCAAGGGACGUCAAAGACUUUAAAGACCUCUACCCAUCCAUUGCUGAUCACUACAUAGAAGUCCUUGAGAGGAAAGUGAGGUGUGAAAGUGACUUGACACCUGUUGUAGGGGGAUUUGUUGUUGAGAAGUUUGUGGCCACCAUGUACCACUACCUGCAGUUUGCCUAUUACAAAUGUGAGUAGCAUUUUUGAAAUGACCUGAAGAAUGCAGUACCAUGUGCAGCCAGCUACAUGCUGUUUGACCCCGAUGAUGAAGUUAUGAAGAACAAUGUGGCCUAUUACAAGUUUCACAAAAGCCAGUGGGGGCUGACAGAGGAGGACUUCCUCCCCAGAUCGGAGGCAAUGCGGUACUACAAUCAGACCACCAUGCAGGUACAGAUGCUGGAGUUCUCCAGACAGCGCCUAGUAAGCGACGACGAGGGGGAGGUGGUGGAGUUUAUAGAUGAGUUCCUGGACGCGGAUGAAUAGACCACGUUGGAAACUCUGCCGAAACACUGACAAACAAAGACAAACAACAUAACAGCACCAGUUUGUAUUUAUUGGGUUUUGUAAGAGGCUCUGAUCGGUCACUGUGUUUUACCCUGCAGCUCCACAUCCUGAAUGUUUUUCCUGAAUAUUUCUCACUUUGUGCAUAAAAUGUCCAGCUCAGAGGUAUAGGGGGCAGUCAGCACAGUAGCUAAAUGAUUUUAAGACAAUGACAAUAAUAGAGACAGAAAUGUUUUUACUCACUGAGCGCAUUUCAUCACUGUGAAUCAUGGAUGUUGUCAUUCAAAAAUGGUCUUUUUUUUUCUUUUUUUUAAAUUACAAUAAAAUAACUU